AUGGCUGAUGCUGAAGGAAUAAAGAUGUUUCUGUAUACUUAUUUACAGAAAAAGCAUAGAAAGUUGCCGCAAUAUUCAUUUAAACAGCGCUCUACAGGCCGCGGCAAAUUGCGCUUUAUUUGCGAGCUUCGAGUGGAUGGUUUUUCCUAUACUGGUAUUGGAAACUCUACAAAUAAAAAGGACGCCCAAACAAAUUCGGCUCGUGACUUUGCCAACUUUCUUGUUCGUGAAGGACAUUUAAAACAGUCGGACCUUCCAUCUCUCAUAUCGGAUCGCGAACUUGACUCCAUAGAAGUUUCAGAUGUCUCCCAAGCAUCAUCUUCGUCAAUUGCUACUCAACUUCCUUUAGGAACAGUCGAAAAAGUGACUGAUUCGUAUAUCAGUGGGACUAUUGAUAGAGCCAAGUUAGAAGAGGCAGAAGAGGUCGAUCUUACUCAUGAAAUUCAUGGUGGAUGGUCAUUGGAAAAUUCUAAAUAUCGUUUAAAUGAAUAUCUCCAACAAAAUAAACAACCACCUCUCAAUAUUAAGUACACUCCUGUUGGACCUGAUCACAACAGGAGCUUCGUUGCUGAAGCUCGUGUAUUCGCGAAGAAGACUCAGAAGGAACUAUAUGCUCGUGAAAAUGGCUCCACAAAAGUGUUGGCUUCGAGAGCAUGUUGUCUCUCACUAGUCCGGCAACUCUAUCACUUUGGUGAGAUUGAGGCUUUUUCUGGGGAUCGCAAGAAGAAGAAGGUAGAUGCGCUAGUACCAAUCUCAGUUGAAAUAGACCCUGAAUUGGACAACCGAUUGCACGCCAUGUUGGAGAAAUUAAACAUGCUACCCAUUCUUACUUCGCCGCCCCUAACGAAUUCCUCAUCUCCAGAAGAACACAACAUGAUUGUGACCUACAAUAUUGCUGAAUUCAAAUCUAAGCCCCGUCAAUCUGCUGAACCUGUCUCUUGGUCACCACCAACUCCGAAUUGGAACCCCUGGACUGCGUGUAACAUAGAUCAUGGUCCCGAGGCUUACCAGUCACUUGCUCAGAUCAGCCAAAAAUUCAAGUGUGAGUACGACGAACGCAUAAAUUCUCAGUUCUACGCUCCAAUAAAAAAAGAGCGUGCAUCCCUACCUGUCGCAAAUUAUAUAAAUCAGAUUCUCAACUGCAUCGCCAAGAAUCAAGUCACACUGAUCAGGGGCGAGACGGGAUGCGGAAAAACCACCCAAGUUCCACAGUUUAUCCUCGACAAUUAUAUUGCAUCUGGAAAGGGUGCAGAGUGUGCCGUGUUGGUAACACAACCUCGUAGGCUCUGUGCCAUCUCCUUAGCUGAACGGGUGGCAAGUGAACGCUGUGAAGCCAUCGGAAUUUCGGUCGGUUAUUCAGUUCGUUUUGAGACUGUUCACCCUAGACCGUUUGGUUCCAUUCUCUUCUGCACUAUUGGAACCCUCUGUCGAAAAAUGGAAGCUGGAAUUCGGGGUGUUUCGCACAUUAUAAUCGAUGAAAUUCAUGAACGAGAUGUCAACACAGACUUCAUGAUGAUUCUGAUUCGCGAUUUAGUGAAGACUAACCCCGCUUUGAGAGUUAUUCUGAUGUCAGCGACUAUUGAUACGACGACUUUCCAGGAGUAUUUUGGAAAGACUGCGAUUGUGACAAUUCAUGAAAGAAUGUUCUUAGUCCAAACAACAAAGUGGUCCAAUAUGGGGUUGAAAGGGUGA